AUGUCGGCCGGGAGCAAUACAGUGGUUAGCAUUGUUGUCAAUGAACCAGGAGAAGCUACCCCAAUUUCAGCUAAUAUAGUCGAAGAUGUUUUAUAUCAGUCGUUACAAGAGGAUAGUGCAACAACAGUUUCUGACUUAGAUUUGGCUGCU